AUGGAUGCCAACAUACAGACUCCAUUAAUUUUGUGUGUCUAUAUAGUAACCUUCGUGACUGGUGUGCCCUCCAACCUCCUGGCGUUUUAUACAUUCCUGGUGAAGGUCCGGCAGAAACCCAAUCCGGUAGGAAUUUUCCUCCUCAAUCUCACCAUCUCCGACUUGUCACUCCUCUUCUUCCUGCCUUUCAAGAUGGCGGAGGCUGCAUCGGGGAUGCACUGGCCCAUGCCUUAUUUUCUGUGUCCCAUAGUGGUCAUGGUAUAUUUCUGUAGCAUUUACAUAAGUAUACUGCUUCUAACGGCGGUGAGCGUGGAGCGAUAUCUUGGAGUGGCUUACCCGAUGAGGUACAAAGUUUACCGAAAACCAGUCUAUGCCAUCUGGACUUGCGUUUUCAUUUGGUUCUUCAGUGGCCUCCAGGGAAGCGUCUCCUUCAUCGUCUUGAAAUUCUUGCCAAGUAACGAGAGCAGCCAGGGCAAAUGUUACGAAAAGUUCUCAGAGGAACAACUAAAAAUUCUAAUGCCAUUCAGGCUGGAAGGUAGCCUGGUAUUAUUCUUCAUUCCUUACCUUAUCACGGUCUUCUGCUACGUUAACUGCGUCAGGUUGUUAAUGUCCAUGCCAAAGAUCAGGGGAAAGAAAAAGUACCGAGCUAUAGGUUUGGCGGUUGCCACCCUCUGUAAUUUUACCAUAUGCUUUGCACCCUAUAACAUUUCUCAUAUCGUUGGUUUUAUUCAGAAUAAGAGUCCAAGGUGGAGAGUGUACGCUUUACUACUUAGCACGCUCAACGCCUGUCUGGACCCCAUAAUCUUUUAUUAUUCAUCUACAGCUGUUCAGAGAGCCUUCUUGAAGAGCUUGACCACGACUAAAAUGAAAAUUUUUAAAGUUAAUCCUACAAGUCUGCAACCUGAACAGAGUCAGCUCAGUGAGACACGAGCCACGUUGGACCUAGAAGAGACCUCGGUCUAA